CCGCCCUCUCCCCCUACCUCUUUCAGAGCCGGCAAGAAUGAAAGACAGCAUAGUUCUGUAUCCCUCUCCAGGGAUCGGCCAUCUUGUGUCCAUGGUGGAGCUAGGCAGGCUUGUACUCAAACACUAUCCAUCUUUCUCCAUCACAAUCCUCAUCACUCCUCCACCUUUCAACACAGGUUCUACCGCUCCUUACAUCACCCGCAUCUCUACUACCACCCCAUCCAUCUCCUUCCACCACCUCCCUCCCAUCUUAAUCUCUCCUGACUCUAUCUCCUCUGCCCACCCCGAAGCCCUCCUCUUUGAGGUCCUCCGCCGCAACAACCCCAGCGUCCACCAAGCACUCCUCACCAUCUCCCAAACUUCUACCAUCAGAGCUUUCAUCAUCGACCUAUUCUGUACUCCUGCUCGCGAUGUUGCAGCUUCCUUCAACAUACCCAUUUACAACUUCUUCACAUCGGGAGCCGCCGUCCUCUGUGUCAUGCUCUACUUCCCGACAAUCCAUAAGAACACCACAAAAAGCUUCAAAGACCUAGGCCCAACCAUUCUUGACUUUCCUGGCACGCCACCAAUCCCUGCACAGGACAUGAUCAAGCCCAUGCUCGAUCGAAAUGACGUUACCUAUCAGGGCUUCUUAGAUUUCUGCACUAAAAUGCCAGAAUCGAAUGGAAUUCUCGUAAAUACAGUUGAAUCAUUGGAGCCCAGAGCUUUAAAGGCGCUUUCUGACGGGUUGUGCAUUCCUGACCGUCCUACACCGCCCAUUUGUUGCGUCGGUCCUAUCAUUGCAGCAGAUGAUCGAACAGGUGGUGAGCAUGGUGAGAAACACGAGUGCUUGACUUGGCUCGAUUCCCAGCCGAGUCGGAGCGUCGUAUUCCUGUGCUUUGGCAGCUUAGGGUUAUUUUCUGCAGCGCAGUUGAAGGAGAUAGCAAUUGGGUUGGAGAAGAGUGGACAAAGGUUCUUGUGGGUGGUGCGCAAUCCACCGACCGAGGACAAUAGCUGGCGCAAUUUAGCACCCCCUGAACCGGAUUUGGAUGCUUUGCUACCAGAAGGUUUCCUGGAAAGAACAAAAGACAAAGGGUUCAUUGUAAAGUCGUGGGCCCCACAAAUGGAGGUGCUGAAUCGGACAUCGGUCGGUGGGUUUGUGACUCACUGUGGUUGGAACUCGGUAUUGGAAGCGGUGUGUGCAGGAGUUCCUAUGGUGGCAUGGCCACUCUAUGCAGAACAACGGCUGAAUCGGAUAUUUUUGGUGGAGGAGAUGAAACUCGCCAUGCCAAUGAAGGAGUCGGAAAAUGGGUUUGUGAGUGCUGCCGAGGUUGAAAAGCGAGUGAGAGAAUUGCUGGACUCGGACGAAGGGAAAGCUCUUAGAGAGUGAACCAUGGCCUCGAGAGAUGCCGCCGUGGCUGCGACAAGUGAGGGUGGCUCAUCCCGGGCUUCACUCUCCAAGGUGACCGAGUUGUGGAAAUCUUCUAGUUGAGAUCACUU